UGGGCUUGCCCGGGCAGAGCUUGGAGCGCGGGAGCGAGUCCACUGGGGUCGCCGAGGAGGGGAGCCUGCCGCUGUUGGAGCCUCCACUAGGCCGCUCUCCGCCCUUUGCGGAAGGCCUCGCCCCCGUCCUGCGCGGUGGGCUCGUCCAGGCGGGAAAUUUUGGUUUUCCUCCGCGGCUGGCGGGCUCCUGGGCUCACUGCACUCCGCUUUUCUCCACCUGUCAACAUGCCCUGCUCGGAAGUCGCCGCGGCCGGCUCUGUCAGCAAGCGUGCUCGGGCCGAGGAUGGCGCUUCUCUGCGCUUCGUGCGGCUCUCGGAGCACGCCACGGCUCCCACGCGUGGGUCCGCGCGCGCUGCGGGCUACGACCUGUACAGUGCCUAUGAUUAUACAAUACCACCCAUGGAGAAAACCAUUGUGAAAACAGACAUUCAGAUAGCUGUUCCUUCUGGGUGUUAUGGAAGAGUAGCUCCACGCUCUGGCUUGGCAGUAAAGCACUUCAUAGAUGUAGGAGCUGGUGUCAUAGACGAAGAUUAUAGAGGAAAUGUUGGUGUUGUGCUGUUUAACUUUGGAAAAGAGAAGUUUGAAGUAAAAAAAGGUGAUCGAAUUGCACAGCUCAUUUGUGAACAGAUUUUUUAUCCAGAGUUGGAAGAAGUUAAAACACUGGAUGACACUGAACGGGGCUCAGGAGGCUUCGGCUCCACUGGAAAGAAUUAAAAGCGCUUGAAGUAUUUUGCUGUUUUUUCAACACUGUAAAGAGAAGCUUUAGUUCUGGUAGUGCUUUGUGUUCUAGGAUGCAGAAAGGGAACCUGGACUAUCUCUACUGCAGUUGAUGGAUACCUGUAAGACUGCAUUGUGAGGAUGGAAAGGACAUGCAUGCAGAUUUGGUCAAAAGAAGAGUACAAUUGGGUUUUUUGUUGUCUUAUUUAAGUUAUUUAAGUUCUCUAGCUACUGUUUUGUUGUAAUUGCUUCAUCAAUUGUAAGGUUUUUUUUUUAUUAUUCAAUAAAGUUGAAGUCUUUAGCAG